AUGCAGUGGAGUUCGGAGGAACAUAAUGCCCUCCUGCAAUUCUUAAGUAACGUCACUUCCUCUGAUCCUGCAGUACAGGCGGAAAACAUCUCGCAACUCCACCGCUUGCAGACUUGGAGUGCGGCACCAUACGCUAUAUUGGAUGUAUUAUGCCAUGAACAUUACCCUCUUUCAACCCGGCAAGCCGCUGUUUUAAUUCUCAAACAACUGCUACAAUUGAACCCAGAGUUUGUUCACACAUUAGAUGUUGGGGCAGUUGAAUCAUCACUCUUGGGAGCUUUGGCAGAUCCAAUCCCAGCUGUACGUGUGGGGGCUAGUCUUGUAGUUGCUGCCAUUGUAAGUGAAGGUGGUCUUCUUAGCAAGUGGCCUAUGCUGCUAAAUACACUGCAUCAGCGUUCAUGCAAUAUUGUAGUUCAAUGUCAAGAGAGGAAGGAUACAGAAGGAUUUUCCGCCAUCGCGAUGCUUCUCAUUGGCUUAUCCACGUGUACAAGAAUUCUAUGUGAAGAGUGUAGUACAGUACUUUGUGAACUUGUCAGUAUGAAUGAAGAGACAUGUAGUUGCCUUAGUGAACUUCUUGGUAAUUUAUUGCAUGCUACUUCCAUUCUUCUACAUGAAACAACCUCUUCUAUUCCUGCUAUUGAAUCGGUUAUUAAAGCUGUAACAAGCUGUUUUACAGAGGAUAUUUUUUCACUUCAUGAGAGUAGUAAUAAUGAUUUAGAUACUUCUCCAGAAGUAGGAAAUGAAACCAAGCAUUCUCCAACCCAUGAUAUACUUAAUUACGCAUUAUCCGUUCAUAAGGCUUCGUGUCUCCUCAUUGAGAAUCUCUCUAAUGGGAUGGUUAGUACAGGACUUGUGCCUGUGGUUUUAGACUACAUGAAUAUAACCCUUCAAUGGAACUCUUUUGGAAGUUCUUAUACAACACGUGCUGUAGCUGCUGUUCUCCCGCAAGUCUUCCUCUGUAUGAUGAAUACUGACGAACAGACUCUUGUUCUUUGUCUCGAUUUUAUCAAUCAUCUCGCCCAGCAUGAGGAAGGUGGAAGGUUGGUACUGUCAAGCCUAGCUUCAGAAGCAGCAACAGCUAUCUUUCGCUGUAGUUUGUUGCCACCCUCGAUGCUUCUCUGUAGUCCAUCCUUGGAACAAACUACACAUAUUCCAGAUGAUGAGACCACCGUCCGUGCCUUUGUACAGAAUCAACAGGCAACACUGGCAGCAAUCGAUGAAGAUGAUGAAUAUGAUUAUGAUUAUGAUGGUAAUGAUAAAAGUAAUAAUAAUAAUGAUAAUGAUAAUAAUGAUUCAGAUAAUGAAGAGUCCGUCACAUCGGUUAGGCAAGCCCUAACAGAGCUACUGGAUGUUAUGAGUUGUACUUGCCGUGAGGAUAUUCUUGCACAUUUAAUGCCAAAACUCUUCUCUAUACUAACAUCUGAAUCACAUGGUGGGGAUAAUGAAUCUAUGCAGUUUAUAGAAUAUGCCUUAUUUCUCUUCUCAGAAUUGGUGGAGGAACUUUUUGAUGAUCUUGAUACUGUCUUUGUGUCGGGUGUCGUACAGAACUGUUGGGUUACCUUAGCUACAGGUUCUUCUUCACCGUAUUAUAUUCGCUAUCAAGCUGUUCGAUGUGUAGCACGAGUUGCGAGUGGGUGUGCAGGGAGUUCACAAGGUUUUUCCACUAUAAAGGAAGUGUUUUCUCCUUCAAGAGCUAUACAACUGCUCACAGAUGUUAUUGCUGAUGAUGGUAAUAAACAGGUUCAGUUGGAAGCCAUUCAGUCUAUUACUACUGUUAUUCUCUCCUCACUAGAGGAUUGUCGUAGGAAUAACACUUCAGAAGGUUCAGAAUGUUUUUCAUCUGUUUUCCAGAGACUAUUCUCCAUAUUUCCACAUAUGCAACUUGGCGCCCGAACAAUGAUGUACCGUUGCAUCUCAAAGAUUUUCCCUAUGGCGUUAGAUAUUCCUUCUCUUAUCGAUGAAACCACCGUUAUGCACUCCAUUACAGUUCUUGGGACCCAUGGUCAACAACUCGCUUCCGUAUUUCUUCCAAACACAACACAAAUAGCUUCUUUAUCUUCUGCAGUGGAACUUGUAUCACUUCUAAACACCCUUGUAGAUGUUGUUUUUAACGCUGGGAGAAUGGUUAUAACACAAACCCUUAACCCUUUGGUCUCGUUCGCUACUAUGGUGUUAAGUUGUUGCCAUGAUGAAUCCACCUCUUACACUUCUUCUGUUUCUUCUUCAGCGUUAAGUGUAUAUGGGAGUGAUCUUGCUACACUUGUCUUUGAUAUGCUCGAUGCUUGCUGUGAUGCUGUUCUGAGUGAUCAAGAAUUACUCUCUCAUUCAGAGGCCGCUAUGCAUGGGAAGAGACUAUUGCAUGAAGUAAUACUAAAAUACUUGGAAGUAAACCCACAAUUUCAUGUGGUGGAGCUUUGCUUUCAAAUAAUGGAACACCAACCAACUGAAGUUGAACUACGACGUUCCUGUCUGGCAUUUUUAACUAGUGUUGGGCGUUUCUAUGAUGAUUUUACCAUUAUUUGUAGAAUUUAUCAUAUCUGUAUGAACGAAGUGACUCGUACCCCUGUUGCAGAAAAAUCUAUUAGUAAUGCUUUUCUUUGUCUUUCGCAGAUAUUUUUUCGCCUCAUUCUUUCAAAUCAAGAGGAGAAAAAUUAUUUCUUACAUAACUCUGUCUCAGAGCAGGAACUAAAUACUUUAGUGAAGAUCUUAUCCCAUUCCCUUUCCUCAGCAGAUGUACGGAAGUCCACGCAUAUGAAGACUAAUGCUUUUAGUUGCGCUUUGACUUUGGCUGUUCUUCAUCCAAAUGCUUUUUUACACUCUGAGAAGAUACCUUCAAUAUGUCGUACUCUCCUUGAGAAUGCUGCUUUGUGUCUUCCUCAUAUGGAAAAUGAUGUGGGAGAUCAGUUUCGUGUAUUAACCAUUCUCCCAUUGCUGUUAUCCAGGGAAGAGCAGCAAGAGCUACUUCAGUUUCGACAGCUUCCAGCGAUGGUGAAGAUUUUAAACGUGGUUCACAAAUUUACUGUAAAAGCUCCUGUAGAACUUGGAAAUGAAGUUAAAAAACAGUGGAUGCCUUUGAUGGAACUUUAA